AGGUGAAUAAUAUGACACAUAACGGAUUUUCAAACCAUCACGAAAAAGAGCUUGUAGCAGGCAACGUCGAGGGACACACUAAUGGAAUUCACGCAAAUGAUGACGAAGCUAAAAAUCAAUCUAAAUUCGAUAUCUUAUGGAACACAAAGAUCUCUAACACUACAUCGUUUAUCAUCGUUUCCAAGUUUCUAGCGGAAUUUUUUGGAACAGCAACGCUCAUGUUUCUCGGCUGUAUGGGCUGCCUGGAUGGUUUUGACAACGUUACAACCAACUUAAGCCGAGGCAUCAUUUUUGGCUUCACCGUUAUGAUUGUGAUCCUCACGUUUGGUGUUGUAUCAGGAGCACACAUAAACCCGGUGGUUUCCAUAGCCGCAUACAUCUAUGGUGAUCUUUCUGGCACAAUGGUAUUAGUUUACUUUAUAGCACAAUUCACCGGAGCUUUAUGUGGUUACGGACUGCUCAUGGCUGUUGCUCCUCAAGAUUAUUUCAACCAAGCAUUGGUGGAUGGCUAUGGGAGCUGUGUUACUGCUCCACAUAACAGCCUUACAUCUGCAGGAGCAUUGGCAAUAGAGUUCAUAGUAACAGGAAUCCUUAUAUGGGCAUGCUGUGGAGUAUGGGACCCGCGUAAUGCAGACCAACAGAACUCGGUACCAAUUAAAUUUGCGUUACUUGUAGCAGCCAUCUCGGUUGCAGCUGGUCCUGCCACAGGGGCCAGUAUGAACCCCGCUAGAACACUUUCUCCUUGUAUAUGGAACAAUAGUUAUCAUAAAAUAUGGAUAUAUUUCGUUGGACCACCGUUGGCCGGUGUUAUUAUGCCCAUCGUGUAUAAGUACGUAUUCCGAAGAGAAUCGAACAACAUCAUCGAACAUAUUCCUGCACCUCCACAGGAACAAGUCUGUGUUUGCAUCCUGCACAAUAAAGAUUCACAUGUUGAAAAAGUUUAACAGUGAUGAUAA